UGUGCACCCAGAGACAGUGGGACUGAAAAAGUUCGAACACCUGGGGGGGCAGAGAGAGGCAGAAGCCGAGGUGCCGAGCAUUGCUCCCCAUUUGCUCGCUCGCUCGCUCCCCAACACCGAGAUACUGGUUCCCCACACAGAUAGGACACGAUACGAGACACAUGGCUAGGCCAGUUGCUGAGACAUCGCACACGGAUGCCAAUCCCCCAGGCUAACAUCGCAAAUGCCAGAGCCAGAGAGACCGACCGAGACCGAUAAACCGAUUCCACACGGACCACGGAGUGGGCGUUGUGUGUUGACUUCCAGAGACUGGAUCUCCGAUAUAAACGAGUUUUAUAGCGAAAAUGAGAGAAAAAAAAUAACAACACCCGAGUACGAAAAUGAGUGUGCGCUGCUGCAGUCACGAUCAUCAAUAUUCCCGAGACCGAGAGACCAGGCGGAAGCCUAGAGCCCAGCACUCGAAGCGGAUCUUUGGGACCAUAGUGGCAGGCUUGGAACCAGAACUUGGCUACUCACGCAAAUGGCAUACAAAUUAGAAGAAAACACGCUAUACUAUCUUACCAAGAACGGAUUGAACUGAAACCUGAACGCGAUCGGGGGCUUAACAUUCGGAAAGCUACACAAAUUUAAUUCAGAAAUCAUUAAACCUUUAAAAUGGAGUUGACCCUGAAUAAGUCAUCGUCCUGCUUGGACUGUUGCAGCGACUGUACUGCUCUAUCCUGCUGCUUGGGCGCUGCCUGCUGUGAUGCCAGCUGUGGAGCCAGCUGCGGAUUAAUUCCCCCCGAUCCGGUCAGAUAUGAGUACCAGGAGCCCGAGGAGAACUUUGUCUCCAUAGAUGAUGUCAAAAUCAAGGGCUUCCUGUUGCGCAUAGCCCAGCAGCAACAGGAGCAGCAGUUGGAAAUGAAGAGACUCAAGGAUAUAGAGAAGGCACAAAAGGAGGCAGAGAGGAAAAGAAGGGAACAGGAGGUCAUUGAAUUGGAUGCGGAGGAUGCUUCCCAAGCCAAUGGGUUAAUAAUAAGCGCCGCUCGAAGUCUGGCCAAUUGGAAUUCUUCUAUAAAAAGGAUAUCGCCGGAUAUUGAAUUGAUUCCCAAACAGGGGCACAGGAUUGUGGCGGAAAUCGAGCUCAGCGAUAGCGAACAGGAUGCAAAUAGCGACGCAGAUGAGGAUGUUAAUCUUCCGUCAAAUACUGUUAGUUGUGUCCUGGAAAACGAGAAAAACACGCCUCAAAAUUCCCAGGAGCAGCAGGUGAUUGUCCUGCCCUCCGACGAAGAGGAAGAGGAAAAGCAGCGCCCACGGGCCAUAAGAAAGAAACCUGCAUCGUCAAGAAGGAAACGCUCGUAUGUCAAUAGGAGGGGACGUCACCUGUACGAGUGUCCUGACUGUGGUAAAAAAGUGCAAUCUAACUAUAAUCUAAGACGCCACAUGAUGAUACAUACAGGGGAACGACCUUUUCCUUGUGAUCUCUGCGAACGUCGCUUCCGGGAAUUUAGUGAUCUAAAAAAGCAUCGCCGCAGGCACUCUCAUGACCCCAGAUUCAUCUGCAUGAUCUGUCAUUUGGGGCAACCGCUGGAUCAGGAUGCCACCAGGUGUGCGGAAUGUGAAAGCAAAAAUCUAAUGGUAAAACCACAACCAGAUGAGAUGGGGGACAAGCCAGUGGAGGAUCAAGCAGAAGAGGAAAUGGAAGAGGAAGAUGAGUAUAUAGAGGAGGAAAUAGAAGAGGAGAUUGAUGAACCAGAAGAAGAGGUGCAGCCACCACCUGUGCCUUCGCUGCCCACAUUGAUGGUAACCCUGAUACCGACUACACUUCAGUCUGCGCCGGAAAAGAUUCCUCCUCCCACUCAACCAAGUCGUCCUCCACUUCCGCGUAGUUGCAGUAGCGCCAACUCUUCGUCUUCCCUGAGCAAUGAUGGCAAUACUUUGGCAAAGCCUAGAAGUCGCACUCGUCGAUCCUAUCCGUGCCCCCUAUGUCAUCGCCCCUUUGGAACGCGUCAUAACCUAAAGCGUCACUAUAUGAUUCACACAGGCGAAAAGCCAUUCAGCUGCUCCAAGUGCCGAAAACCCUUCAGGGAAUGUUCAACGCUGAAGAAACACAUGGCCACGCAUAUCCGAGACCGUUGGUACAAGUGCCUUCGGUGUCCAGCGAAGUUCAGGGACUAUCUGGAGUAUGCUGAUCAUAAGUCCAAUCAUCUGGAGCAGCUAAGGGAUAGGAAAUCCUCCAACUACGAAAGUGAUGAUGAGAGUUCUGUGGAAGACUGGCUCGAGUGCUGUGAAUGUCAGCAAAGAUUCACAGAAUUGGAAGCCUAUACAUCGCAUCUUAAGAAGCACGAUUUGGAAUUGUAUGGAAUGAGUGUAGAUGAUGUCGGCGAUGAGGAUCAGGAUGUGGAUGUGGCCUAGAUAAGGAAUGGAAGAUGUGGAAUUCAUAUUAUUGAUAUAAGCAUAAGGAAAUAUGUCCGAUCAAUCAAUAUUCUGCUUGACAUUUUGGAUGCGAUAUUAAAUAGCAGGUUAUUGAAAGUAAG